AUGGCAGGAAUGACACCAAUUAAAACAUCAAUUGAAAAAGUGUGUAGAUUUGUGAAGGCUAUUACAUUGUCAUCUACAAUUAUUCAAGAUUUUAAAGAAAUUGGACAAUCAGUUGAUGAAGCAGUAGUUAUGAGGUAUCAUAAUAAUCUUGCUUAUUAUAAGCUUACGCCACAAGAAGAUUUUGAUCUUCAAGUUGUUACUCAAUUUUUACAACCAUUUUAUGAAGUUACUAAAAUACUUUCUAAUAGUAUAUAUAUAACAUUGGAACUUUCUAUUUUUUUAAUGAAUGAUAUUGUUGAUGUUAUUAGAUCAUGUAUACAAGAUUCUUUAAGCCUUUUAUUUCUUAAAACUGCUGCAACACAAAUGUUGAAAAAACUUAAUCAAUAUAUAGUUUAUAUAUACAAUAAAGCAGCUUUUAUAGCUUCAGUUCUUGAUCAUCAAAUCAAACUUGAAUUAAUAUCAAUUAAUAUGAACAUUUCUAAAAAUUAUGACUUUUUUAAUGAUAUUUUUCAAGAUUAUCAGUGCUUGAACUAA